AUGUCUCGCAAUGCUCUCGUUACUGGUGCUGCUCAAGGAAUUGGACGUGCCAUUGCUCUCCGUCUUGCUAGAGAUGGUCUCAAUGUUGCUGUCAAUGAUAUCAAAGCAAACUCAUCAGGUCUCAACAAGGUUCAACAAGAAAUCGAAAAAAUGGGUCGAAAAUCCGUUGCUAUCACUGCUGAUGUUUCUAUUGAUAAAGAGGUCGAAACAAUGAUGAAGAACGCUGCAAAACAACUUGGCAGCUUAGAUGUUGCAAUCGCUAAUGCAGGAAUUGUUCAAGUGAAAUCGAUUGUUGAUAUUACUACAGAAGAUUGGGAUAAGAUAUUUGCAACAAACGCGCGGGGUGUGUUUCUUUGCUACAAAGAGGCUGCUAAAGUCAUGAUUGCGCAAGGUACUGGAGGCAAAAUCAUCGGUGCCUGCAGUAUGGCCGGACACACAUCAGCUCCAAUGGCAAGUCAUUAUUGUGCCAGUAAAUGGGCUGUGCGCGGUCUUACGCAAGCUGCUGCCAUGGAAUUGGCUAAACACAAGAUUACAGUUAAUGCUUACUGUCCAGGAAUUGUCGAAACUUCGAUGUACCAUAUCAGUAGUGAAGAAAUGGCAAAAACCGAAGGAAAGCAAAAGGAAGAUAUCAUUAAACAACGUGGAGAUGUGCCUAGUUUAGGUUCUUCAUCAUAA